UAGGUUAUACACCGGUAAUGUUAGAAGAUAAACAAAAAUAGUUACAAAUAAAAAUGACUGAUAAAUUGUGGAAAACAUUUUGUACAGCUUUUCCUAUUUUGACUGAAAAGCGAUCACCUGAAUCCAUAACAGAAGACGACUUCAUAAAUUCAGUACAGGAACUUCGCAACUUAAAGAUACAUCAAAUAUUCAUCCAACACAUAUUUACACAAAUAGAAACCUACAUAAGACAACAAGUAGCCCCCUUAUUUUGGAGUAAAUUCCAAAUACAAAACAAUGCACAGAAUACAUCCAACAACUUUCAAGACUCUGUAACAUAUCUUUAUGAUUUUGUUAAAAGUUUUCAACCACAGUUGCAAAGACUGGAUUAUAUGAGAAAGUCUUGUGAUACUGUGCAGUUAAUUUAUGGAGAAAGUGACACUUUGGAGGCUUUUUUAGUUAUUUUAAGAGCUACACUGUUUUCGCAGAAAGUUCUUGAUUAUGAAGUUGUGGUACAUGAUUUUUAUGAUAAGGCGUUCAAGGUGUUUGCAAACUGCGACACAGACGCUGAAGACUCCCUAGACGAUAUAACAUGUCCAGGAUGUUCCAUGGAGACAGAUUCAUGUGCCUGUUCUACUAUAGUGAUGAACUUUCAUUAUGUAAACAGCUGUCUGAUGUCGAUGGGGCUUCUUGAAAAGUUAGCAGGACAAGUCAUUACAAGUCUUAUUCAGGAUAGAAUAAAUUUACAUGUUAAAAACACAACUAAAGGCAGUUUCGACUUGUCACACAUUAAACCUUUAGAAGAGUGGUUAGAUUGUAUAGUCGUAAACUGGUUAAUUAAAAUUUACUGUGGAGGCUCUGCAGAAAUUCCACGAAACAAUCUUAAAAUUGCAAAGGCUGUAGAAAGAUUUAAAAGAAAACUAGGACACUUUUUGUAUGAAACUUACACACUUACCAGGAUUGAACAGUUGUUUAACAUUAUUAUAGAGUAUCCUGAAUCCCAGCCAGCAAUUGAAGACCUCAAACAGUGUCUCCCCAAAACAGAAUUACGUUCCAAAUUAGUAUCAACUCUGCAAAAUGCUUUGCAGACCAGACUGCUACAUCCUGGUGCCAACACUCCAGAUAUCCUGACGGCUUAUAUAUCUGCAAUAAAGGCUUUGAGACAUCUGGACCCGAGUGGAGUCUUGCUGGAAACUAUUACGGAGCCCGUUAGGCAGUAUCUGAGAGGAAGAGAUGAUACAAUAAGAUGUGUCGUCCAGAGCCUCUCCGAAGGCGAAGGCAACUCCGAACUAGCAGACGAGCUAGCCCGUCCCACAACCGAGGCUCCCCAGACAGUCCCUCCACUGCCUCUCACCCAGGCUAUUGCCAAUUGGGAGACCUGGAUGCCUGAUCCGGUGGACGCUGAUCCUACGAAGUCCUCAAUCGUUCGCAGAACCAGUGACAUCAUAACAAUGCUGGUUGACAUCUACGGCAGCAAGGAGCUGUUUGUGAAUGAAUACAGGACACUCUUAGCCGACAGGUUGUUAACCAGGCAUUCGCCUAAGUUCGACAUCGAUCGGGAGAGCAGAAACCUUGAGCUGCUCAGGAUGAGGUUUGGCGAAGGACAGCUGCAUAAUUGUGAGGUUAUGCUGAAGGACAUGAGGGACUCUAAGAAGAUAAAUGAACAUGUGCACGAGGAUCAAAGAUACCUCAAAGACGAGUUGUUCCCAACAAAAGCGACCAUAGUCUCAGCCCAAUUCUGGCCACCAUUCAAAGAGGAAGCCAUCGAGUUGCCUGAUGUUAUUAAAAAGCAAAUGGAAAACUACACCAAGGCCUAUGAGUCACACAAAAGUAAUAGAACGUUGUUCUGGAAACCGAAUUUGGGACAAGUGAAUUUGGAUAUUGAGUUGGCAGAUAGGACAUUGAGUUUGACAGUCUCUACGAUCCAUGCAGCAAUCAUCAUUCAUUUUCAAGGUCAAGAUCUCUGGCAACUUGAUGAUCUGAGUUCUACCAUGAAGCUCCCGCAGAGUGUCCUCCGCCGAAAACUAUCCUUCUGGCAAUCCCAGGGCAUAAUCCGUGAACAUUCUCAAGACCUCUUCCAACUCAUCGAGAAAACAAACUACGAACCAGAAACUCAAUCCAUAGCUACUCACGAAGAGUAUGAAGAAGCUGAGAGUGCCAUGGCAUCCACAAGUGACCAACGCGAAGAAGAGCUCCAGGUGUUCUGGUCUUACAUCGUAGGCAUGUUGACGAAUUUGGAUUCUUUGCCUCUUGAGAGGAUCCAGCAGAUGUUGAAGAUGUUUGCUUCUCAGGGACCUGCAGUUGAGUGCUCGCUGGUGGAGUUGAGGCAUUUUCUGGAUAGGAAGGUUAGAGAGCACAAGUUGGUGCUUAUGGGAGGGCUGUAUAGGCUGCCAAAGGGAUAAUGGACUGAUAUGUGUCGUCCAGAGCCUCUCCGAAGGCGAAGGCAACUCCGAACUAGCAGACGAGCUAGCCCGUCCCACAACCGAGGCU